AUGCCGAGCGCCGCAGAGACUCUUGCGCGUGCCGAGACGCCUGCAUCUGAGUCUGCAUCUGGCUAUUCGACGCCACGUCGUUCAGACUUUGCCAGUAGCUUAAGAGUCGGCUGUACAGUGCUUGCUUUAGCGCCGGAUAAGACAUUUAGGAAAGCUGAGAUUCGGUCGCUACAAACGCGCGGUGGUGAACCACAAUUUUAUGUGCAUUUCCAAGAUUUCAACAAGCGGUUGGAUGAGUGGAUUUCCCUUGCUCGGAUUGACCAGACAUCGCCGCCGGAAUGGCCCAAGACGGUUGAUAAAAAGAAGCCCGUACCGCAGCCUAAAUCGGCGACUGCCAAUGGCCGGCCUGAAGACAAUCGGCAAGCGGCCGAAGGGGUCUCGAGAGGGCACACCGACACGACCAGUGGGCAAGGCAUCAAAGAAGCGAACGGCAAAGACGACGAGCUUGACUUGGUGGAUGGCUCGAACGAUCACAACAAGGGCAAUGAGCCGGUCUCCAAAGAACAAGAAAUUGACAACCUACGCACAGGUGGAUCUAUGACACAAAACAUCCAUGAAGUGUCGCGCGUCAAGAACUUUGACAAGAUUCAAAUAGGUCGUUAUCAAGUCGAGGCAUGGUACUUCUCACCUUGGCCGAUUGAGCUGACGAGUUCACCGGUCUUGUUCGUGUGUGAGUUUUGCUUCUCCUUCUUUGGGUCAGAGAAGCAAUUCACGCGACACAAGUCAAAGUGCGAUUUGCACCAUCCACCGGGCAAUGAGAUUUACAGAGACGCAACCGUCUCUUUCUUUGAAAUCGACGGAAGACGCCAGCGUGCCUGGUGUCGCAACCUGUGUUUGCUGUCCAAGGCAUUCCUUGACCACAAGACGCUGCACUUUGAUGUGGACCCAUUCUUGUUCUACUGCAUGUGUAUUCGCGAUGAGAAUGGUUGUCACUUGGUCGGCUACUUUUCAAAAGAAAAGGAAUCUGCAGAUGGUUACAAUGUUGCCUGUAUCCUGACAUUACCGCAACAUCAACGUCACGGCUAUGGUCGAUUACUGAUUCAAUUCUCUUACGAGCUCUCAAAGCGCGAGGGCAAGUCAGGAUCACCAGAAAAACCACUGUCAGAUUUAGGCUUGCUCUCCUAUCGUGCGUAUUGGGCGGAAACGCUGGUCGAUUUGAUUAUGCAAGCUGGGGUGGAGGUGACGAUUGAUGAACUUGCCUCACGGACGAGUAUGACUACUGCGGAUGUGCUGCAUACAUUGCAGAACCUCAAUAUGCUCAAGUACCACAAGGGCUCGCACAUAAUCUUUGUCUCUGAGGGGGUUGAGCAAGGGUAUGAGAAAUGGAAGAAGAAAAGAAAGCGCUGGAUUGACCCGGCUGGCUUGGCGAACUGGAAGGCGCCCGUCUUUACACAGGCGCAAUUAAGGUUCAAUUGGUAG